CAGGCCUAUUGACAUGCUGUGAGUUUGUGACGUACACAAAACCCAGAAAAUUGUGUUUUCAUUCUCCGUUUUUGCGUAUUUCUUGUGGAAAACAGCAUGAGCGAGGGUGGAAAACUGGAUGUUGCCGAUCGGAUGGACACACUGAGCAGAAAUCGGCAGUCGUACAUUGGGAAAAUCCACUCUCAAAAGCCCAUAAUAACUUACGCCGGCGAUGUGCCCCUUUUCCGCUCCCUGGAGAGUAACAUAGUCUCUGCAGUGCCGAAUGACACUUGUGAGUGGCGACGGCCGUAUGGGCGCCCCAUUAAGAAUGUGCGAAUGGAGGCGUCUUUCCGGCAGUUCGAGACAGACUCUCUGGACAAAUUCAAGAAGGGCGAGUGGAGCAUCCUUGAGCACCCAGUGCUACACAUCUUCGUCACAGAAUGCAAUGACAUCGAGAUCUACAAGUCCACUGUAAAGGAGGAGAUCGAUCUGUGGCUAAAAGCCCUGCAGAGCUACGGAAUAACGGACUGGAUGAUCCUCAUUGUGGAGACGCUGGACAUGAAGAAGACGAAGAACAUCCUUCCGCGCACGACAGUGCUGGACAAGGUGCGGAUAGACUUCGGCUCCAAGGCGGGCGAUCGCUGCAUAUCCGUUCUCAACCCCAUCAAGUACGAAAUGAAAGCCACGGAGUCAUUUCGAUGUCUUCUGCAGCGAAUUCGACACUUUAUGCUCGCUGGCUACAAUCGCAACAUCACGAAGUACGAGGAGUUAAUCAGGGCGAAUCGCGAGAAGCGCAAUCACGAGGGCUGGAGCUUCAUCCGGUACUUUCUGCUGCAGGAAGAGCUGGCAUUCGUCCUGGAAAUGCUGGGUCUCUUCUCAGAAGCCCUCAUUCAGUAUGACGAGUUGGACGCUCUCUUUUCGCAGUUCGUGUUGAACUCGAUGUUUGGGGAGAAGCAAACGUGGCUGAAGACGUUCGAGAAGUCCAUCAACGCCUUUCAGGGCAUCUCAAUCAACCGGAAGAAGAUGAUGGCUGUGCGGAAGAAGAUCGAGAGCAACACAGCAACUCUUCUGGACUUUCGAGGCUACUUAUUCGAGCGCCAGUGCGUUCUGCUGCAAGCUGCCGGGAAGCCGUGGGAGAUUGCCAGCAGACUUCUGCCCUUCCUCUUCAGCACGAUCCGAGAGGUCGACGCCCUCAAGCUGGAGACACUCGAGGGCUCAAUGGCGUGCUGGGAAUUCGUCUGCGCACUCGAAGUGCUGAAGAUCUACGAUGAGGCAAAUGACACGAGCGACAUGACAAAGUGCUUCCAGUUCUGCGCACCGAUCUGGGACUUAGCCAAGGAUAAACUGUACGAAUUGGGCAAACUCUGUGGCCUCUUGCCCGGAUGCAUUCCAUCUUCUGAGCAACUGCACACUGUUGUGCUUCUCUCGGCGGGAAUCGGCGACACUGAGGAGGAGGAGAUUUCGAAAGACGUCCAGUCCUCGCCGAAUAGCUCCAGAGAUAGGAAGAGUCACUCUCCCAGUCGACAGCCGAAGAAGCCGCCGACGGACAAGCUGAAAGAGGCUCUCGGAUCGAAUGAGGCUUUCCAAAAGCUCUACCUGGAGCUCAGUGAGCUAGCCAUUUCCACAUAUAAGCACAUAUCCCGGCUGAGAUCGGCCAGACUCGUCGGUUUGGACCUGGGUAACUUCUACUGCACGCUCAAUGAGCCCAACAAGGCGGUGAUCUUUUUCAUCGAUCUACUGCGCGAGCUCAAGUCGGAGAACUGGAAUUACUUGGUGAGUCAGACUCUCCUCGAGCUGGCCAGCUGCUAUCGAAAGAUGGAAGACACGACGAGCUACACGAAAGUGUGUGCCUCCAUCUCUUGCUGUCUUGAUCUGGAGGCUCUCGUGAGGACUUUCUACUUCGACGAGUUCCUUAAAUCUCUCAAGAUGAUCGUCGUGACGGAGGAGAACAAGAACAAUUCCUGCGUGGCGCUUCUGGAUGAUCACUUCAAGGUGGCGGACAUAAAACUCAUCAACGAAUCUCCCAUUAUACAAGACAAUUUCAUAGUAGUGCAGCUGAAGAUGCACAGUCACUUUCCCAAAGAAGUGUUCUGCAGCAAAAUCUCCCUGUCCUUCGAUCUGGAAGGGAAAGUGGCAGGACCUCAAGUGACUGUGGCACAGACAGUGGGAUUGGGCGUGAAACUGCCCAUGAGGCUCCAUCUGGACUACAAGCAGGACGGCACUUUGGAGAUCGCCUCAGUGGUGUGUGAGCCCAAGGGAAAACAGCCACUAAGAAGAUCUAGCAGUACGAGGAGGAAAAUUUCCGCAACGACGCGAAAAGACUUUACCAACUGUGUUUCGGCGGAGCAAAUAACUUUGCAACCCGGACUGAAUGUGAUCGAAUUGAGGGCUAAAGCCACUCGAAUCGGGAUGUGGAUGUUCGAACAAUUAUCUAUUCAACUCGAUCCGCUGGACUUCCUGUCAGAGAAACUCCCCGUCAAGUUGAAUCCCUUCGAAGUGUCCACAAAGCCGGCUUCUGCUGUUCUGCACUUCACAAAUCUGAUCGCCGGCAUCGAACAACCGAUAAAGUUGAUAAUCUCGGCGGGCAGUUUUGUCUUUCCUGCUGAAGCCUCGAUCACGCUUAAGUGCUCGCGAUCGCUAAAGCUGAGAAUCGCCGAUGCGGAGACGAAGGACUUUCAAAAAGAGCUCGUGAUUAUGUUGAAAAAUGUGAAACAAUUCGAGGAGAGGACAAUUCCACUCGAGGGCAUUUGCGACCUGCCUGGGCGGCGCGAUGACAAGCCUUUGGAGCACAAAGUGACUCUACAGUGUCCGUGGUCGCGCAGUGACAUCCCGAUUUCGCUCUACUUCGUGCCCGCCGUCAUUGCUUCCUGUCGUCUCCACUCCACCGGCACCAGGAAGUUCCUGCAAGUGGUCAUCAAGGGCAUCUAUGAUGGCAACUUGGUGCUCUCUUCUGCGCAGAUGAAGUGCUCAUCGACUGGAGUCGAGAUUGUAGAUGUGAAUCCAAAAUCACAGAGUGAAACUAAAAUCUACAAAAAUCUUGGCGUGUCGUAUUUAUUUGAGAUUCAGAUUGAGCCACUGAAGAAAGAUCAGGAAGCACCACUGAUUCAAGUCGGAUUCAGCGUGCAGUACGCGAAAAAAGACGCUAAAGAUGAGAAGAGAAAUUACUCAUGCACAUUCGAUGUCACUGAUUACGCAACUCUCUUCAAGAUCCAAGCUAAGGUUGAACCUCUAGAGCUGUGUCGAGUGAAUUCCGUGUGCAUGCUGAAUCUGAAGAUCACGAAGCUUCAGGAGAAUCCAUUCACUGAUUUGAUGUACGAAGUGUACGCAGAUCAGAACAUGUGGGCCGUUUGCGGAAGAAGUGCCGGCGUAAUCUCAAUGCAAGACAAUGAAUCGCAAACGAUUGUCCUGGAAAUCUUGCCGCUGAUUGUGGGAUUUCUGCCCCUGCCCAAUAUAAGGCUCUCUAAGUAUUUGCAGGCCAACAAGAACAAAUCUGAAUUGCAUCCGCGCGUUCAGGCCUUCUCGUCUGGUCAGAUCUACAAUUCAACCAAAAGUAUGCAAGUUCACGUGCUGGCUAACAAUAAUACUGACUAAUUUGCAAUAAACACCAG